AUGAAUGCCAGAAGGGAAUACCGUGGCAAUAGAGCUGCUCUUUUUGAUGGAAUUGAGGAGGGUGGUAUUAGGGCAUCCUCUUCUUACUCCUCACAUGAAAUUGAUGAACAAGAAAAUGAAAAAGCAAUGGAUGGGUUGCAGGAUCGAGUUAAUUUGCUGAAAAGAUUGUCAGGUGAUAUACAUGAGGAGGUGGAUGGUCAUAAUCGUAUGCUGGACAGAAUGGGCAACGAUAUGGAUGCUUCAAGGGGAAUUCUAUCUGGAACUAUGGAUAAAUUCAAAAUGGUAUUUGAGACCAAAUCAAGCCGGAGAAUGUUCACACUUGUGGCAUCUUUCGUGGUCAUUUUUCUGAUUAUAUACUAUCUCACCAGGUAA